UUAUCGAAAAAAUCACAGGCGUCGCUAAUCGAUAACAGAAUUUAUGUAACCGUUUAUCUUUUUAUAAUCGUAAUGCUAAACGAAAUUGAUAAGUACUUAUUGAAAAAAAUUCUUCAAUGGCGACAGACAUGUUUUGGAUUUUAGUAUUUAGUUUGUUUAUAGCCAAUGCUUUUAGUGAAGAUGUUAGGAUAGUUAGUUUAGAUAUAGGAGAUUUGAGAGGUGAGAAGUACUGGAACGGUGAUUUUUAUGAGUUUUACGGAGUUCCCUAUGCCACUGCUCCGACAGGAAGGGAUAAAUUUAAGGCCCCACUUCCAGUAAAACCAUGGGAAGGCAUAAAAGACGCCAAGGAACAAUACAUAUCAUGUGAACAAAUCUACCUCCUAGACGAUGACUCUGAUGAAGAAAUCAUCCUAGAUGGCAUAGAAGACUGUUUAACUAUGAACCUCUUUGUUCCAAAAGUUGCCAAUGAAGACAAUUUAGUGCCAGUUCUAGUCUACAUUCACAGUGGAGCAUACUCUGGUGGCAGUGGAAACAUGGCCAAGUUCAAUUACUUAGCUCGCCACGACAUAUUAGUUGUCAGUUUCAAUUAUAGACUUGGAUUCAAAGGAUUCGCAUGUCUAGGAACAGAAGAAAUACCAGGCAACGCUGCCUUAAAAGACCAACUCGCCGCCUUGAAAUUCAUAAACAAAUACAUUAGCAAAUUUGGCGGCGAUCCCAAAAAAGUAACACUUGCUGGCUUCAGUGUAGGAGCGAGUAUGGCUGAGAUACUAGCACUGUCCAAAGCAACAAACGGUUUGAUUGACAAACUAAUACUCGAAAGUGGUUCGGCGUUAUCCCCCUUCGCAGUUAACAGGGACCCGAUCAAUACGGCCAAGAAUUUAGCAAUAUCUAUGGGUUAUAACAACACAGAGAAAAUUGAGGAUUUGAACGAAUUCUUAUUAAACGCACCGAUCAAAGAUUUAGCUGUUAAAAGCAAGAAUUUCUACUUAACAAACUCUACGUUUGGUUUGGCACCGUGCAUUGAGAAUGUUAUUGGAAACGCUGAACCCAUACUCACGGAGUCGCCUUUGAUUAUAUUUCAUAAAGGAGAUUAUGAAAAAAUACCAGUGCUGACUGGAUUCUCUAAUAUGGAAGGUAUAAGCAGAACUAUAAAAUUCGAUGAAUGGAGCGAUUUAAUGAAUGAAAAAUUCGCUGAUUUUCUUCCUGCUGAUUUGGCUUUUGAUAAUGAUAAGUCAAGAGAUGAUUUCAUAACAAAAGUAAAGAAGUAUUACUUCAAAGACGAAGAGGUUACUCACGAUACCGUACAAGGCUACAUAGAUUACUUUUCUGACUCCAUGUUCAAAUAUGGUAUAAUGAAAUCAGCAAAACUGCACGCUAUGAAAUCUAAAAAACCAGUGUUCCUUUAUGAAUUCUCCUACGUAGGGAAGUUAAGUUUCAAGCACUAUUUUAUGGAUAGAAUUAAAGGAGCAAGUCAUAGGGACCAAACUUCUUAUUUGUUGGACUUUUUCGAGUUUACCAAUGAAGCUGAUGAUAUGAACACACGGGACCGAAUGACAGCUAUGUGGAGUGAUUUUGUUAAAUAUGAAGAUCCAACAGCGUAUGAAAGCUUGCUGAUAGACCUAAAAUGGCCAAGGUAUACCAAUGAUAAGCAAGAGUACUUGGAGAUAGGAAAUACUUUGAACAAGAAGAAGGAUUUGUUCAAAAAUGAAUUUAAGCUAUGGGAUGAAGUGUAUGAAAAAUACUAUUGGCAUCCAAUGCCUGUAGUGGCAAAGAAAACAGUCAAUAAAAAAUGAAAAUGCUACUGGCAGGUUUUUAUUUUAAUAAUCAUUAGUACUUAACAAAAGCUAUGCAUUUACUAAGUCG